AUGCCUCCAUUCACCCGCGACGACAGCGACGAUACAGGAGGAUCAGGAGGAGGUAGCGGCGGCGCGCUGUGGUUCCUCUUCUUCCUCCUCCUCGGUGCUGGGGCAGGCGGAUACUACUGGUUCCGUGUUCGUCGACGCGACACGUCCUUUCAACUACACAAUUUGGGCUCGUCAACGAAUGCUCUACGCCUCUCGCACGACGGCCCCCCAGCCGACGAGUUCAUUUCCAACAACGCAAGCACAGACUCUCUCCCCGGCCUCGCAGCUCAAGACGUCCCCUUCUUACCCGCCGCGACGGCCGAAGCAGAGGCGGCCGCCCACGGGCUUCCCCACGCCCCACCCACCCCGAGCUACCGCGACCAAGACCCGCUUGGCGCAGUCCGCAAACCCAGCCCCAGCUCGGGCUCUGGCUCUGCUUCGCGAGACUCACACUCUCGCCGUUCAAGUCGGAAUUGGAGCCCGUCCACUUCCCCUCACAAUAACUCAAACCCCAACCCCAAUACAGUGUUCAGCCUUGAAGACGAUAGCGAAUAG